GAAGAAAGGAAGGGUAGCUAGGAUUUGGGAAAGAACAUAUUUGCUCUACAUCAAAACAAUCAAACACAACGGAUUUACCAGAAACGCUGGUCCUUUCAACCGAGAAAUCGAUCACAAGGGAAGCGGCUCAACUGCGGCUGAGGACGGUGGUAACCGGAGGCGGAGGAAGAGGCUUCGGCAGAAUCGAAAUUACUACUAGGAGAGAUGAGAGGCAGAAGUAGAGAGAGAGUGACAAGGAAGCAAGGAAGAAAAUCAGCACGGGCAUGGGAUCAUUACAGCAGAAUAGGGAGAAGCAAAGGUUUCCAGCCAGAUCGGAGAAUUGAUAGGGCAGUAUACAAUCUAGCCGUCCCAUUCUUCUUCACCAACUUUCCAGGGGACUGGGAUUAUGAGCAGAUGUGGAGAACCUUUAGAGGAUAUGGAAGAGUUAUCGACAUACACGUACCAGCCAGGACAGAUAGGUAUGGAAGACGGUUCGGGUUUGUCCGAUAUCUUGAUGUGCAAAAUGUCCACAUGCUGGAGAGGGAGUUAGAUCAAAUAAAGGUAGGAGGGAUCAAGAUUCACGUAAACCAACCAAGAUUUGACAGGAAAGCAAAAAUACAAAGGGACGGAAGCCAGAACAAUGUAGAAAAGACCAUCAGCUUUGAAGCAAAUAGGAGAGCAGAUAUGACUUAUGCAGACAUCCUUAGAGGCUCAAAGAAGAAUGGACUGGGGAGUACACAGGCCACUACUACAGAACAACUUAUACAAAACAAGGACAGGGACAGAAAAGCCACUCACACGACAAAAGGAAGAAAGGAAUGGAUUGCAAAAAGCAGAGAUUCCAAAUGGAGAGGGUGGGAAUUCAGAGCUGAGGAAUCAGAUUUUGAAUGAGUAAAAGGGAGUUUUGUGGGGACAGCCCGAGCAGUAGAAUUAAUCCCAACAAUUCAA